AUGAAUCGGUACAAGGUCCUUAGGCAGCAAGGAGACGGCACAUACGGCAAUGUUUGGAAGGCCGUGAACCUCCAGACCAACGAGACGGUGGCCAUCAAGAAGAUGAAGCGCAAGUUUUUCAGCUGGGACGAGUGCAUGAGCCUGCGCGAGGUCAAGUCCCUGCGGCGGCUGAGCCACCCCCAUGUUGUGAAGCUGAAGGAGGUCAUUCGGGAAAAUGACGAGCUGUUCUUCGUGUUUGAGUUCCUG